AAAAUAAAAAUACGCCCUUGAUUAUUUUGUUUGAUCAUGGGAUUUACUAAGUUAGGUAUUUGAAACUUGAAAGCCAAUGUACUUGAGUACUUGACCCGUACUCGUGGGCUCGUAGCUACUGGUUUUUAUUUAUAUUUUUCACACCCCAACUUCUGCUGAUUCAGCCACCACCACCGCCACCUCUGCGGCAGUCGUUGCAGACCGCCAAGCACCGUUACGUAAUCUUUGUCCUAAACUCAGCGAGUAGAAGCGCUUCGCCAUGAACGCCCCUGACCGUUACGAACGCUUUGUCGUCCCGGAAGGCACCAAAAAGGUGUCGUAUGAGAGGGACACGAAGAUCAUCAAUGCCGCCUCUUUCACCAUCGAGAGAGAGGAACACACUAUAGGCAAUAUCAUUCGCAUGCAGCUGCAUCGAGACGAGAACGUGUUGUUUGCUGGAUACAAGCUGCCUCACCCUCUCCAGUACAAAAUUAUUGUGAGGAUACAUACCACUAGCCAGUCAUCCCCAAUGCAGGCAUAUAACCAGGCUAUUAAUGAUCUGGACAGGGAACUUGAUCACUUGAAGAAUGCAUUUGAGGCGGAGAUGGUGAAGUUUUCAAGGGACUAUUGAUGUACAUUCAAGAUGGAACUUUUUCCCUUUAGCCUUUGCUGGAUAUGAAACUUGUUAAAGAUGUUUCUUUUGGACCAAGGAACUUCUACAGUGGUGAACAAUUUCAAUGUUAACAAAACUAUUGAAGGAUGAUUUGCAUUGUACUAAGCUAAUUAUUUUUAAAAAGGAAAAAAAUCCUGUCACAUGAACCAUGUUGCUCUCCAUGAAUCUUGAAUGUGAAUAUACACUUUUUUUAAUUGAUUGUUCUAUUCUA